AACUUUAUGUUUUGUAAAACAACAUAAAUAAAAAGCAUUGGUGCAUAGAAAACAUCAGUCCACAUCACUACCCAUGAUGCACAGCUGAUGUUAGAAGAAGAGGCUGGAAGGUUUUCAGUUCACUGUGUAACCUCCUCAGCAGGUCAUCAGAAGGUCGGAACAUCUCCACAUGAUUACAGACUAAUCAACAGCGACCCUUCAGCCAAUCGGUGCUGAACACACGUGAAUCAAAUACUUUUAAAACCAGCAGACAUCUUCAGCGCACACCAUCCUUUGUCAAUGUAAGCCACUGUGAUGCAGGACGGAGGACAUGUUUAACAUCAUGGAGGUGCGCGCUGUUUGGAACGAAACAACCGCGCUCCACGAGACUCGCGUGGUCACCAUGUUCUUCAUAUUCAAUUGCGCGGUCCUAACCCUGACGCUGGUGUUGGGCUCACCCGGGAACUUGUGGGUCUGCUGGGUCGUCUUCAGGACCAAGAGCCUGCAGACCUUCAACAACGCGCUGCUGGUCAGCUUGGCCGCCAGCGACCUCCUCAAGUGCUCCGUGGACACGCCGCUGUUGCUCUCCUCCUUCCUGCGCUACGGGAGGGGCGGCCGCGUGCCGGUGUCCGUGUGCACCCUGCAGCAGUUCACCUACGCGCUGUGCAGCUGCGUGCAGCUGCUCACGCUGGUCAGCAUCAGCGUGGAGCGUUUCCAGGCCAUCGCGUUCCCUUUCCAGACCGAGAGGAGGAGAGCGCGGGUCCGGCUCUGGAUCCUGUCCAUCUGGGCGUGCGGCGCCGCGCUGGCUCUGGUCUCUCUGAGUCUCUCCGAGAAGGCGCUCUUCUACAUGCUGUGCCGUCCGCACCUCGGGGCGCACGGAGAACAUCGCCUUCCGUACUCGGAUCCGUUCGGACCCUACGUACUGGUCCCGCUGUGGGGGCUGUCUCUGACCGUCAUCGUGGUCCACUACGUGCGGAUAUUCAAAGUCGUGAGGCGGCACCGAAAGAAGGUGUUCAGUCGGGGGGUCCAGCUGAGGCCGAGGGUGUCGGAGCACGUGUUCGGGUGGCUGAGCGUCCCCUCUUCAGCACCGCGGACAGCUCCGCCGGUGCUCUUGGUGGCCGAGGCCGGCGCUCCCCGUGGCGGCUUGUUCACAGGAGGCGCCCCCCCGCUGAGCAGACGUCCGCAGAUCGUCGGGGCGGUGUGUCUGCUGACGCCCGGAGCCCGGGAGCGGGGCAAGAAACAGGUGGAAGGGAAACUGGCGCAGCGCUUCGGGUACAUCAUCAUCGCGUUCACGCUCUUCUGGGUGCCUCUGGUGGUGAUUUUGCUGAUGAACAUCGUCUCGUGGCAGGACGCGGACAAAUUGCUGAUGGAGCUGGAGACGUCGGCUCUGGUUCUGACCUGUGUGCAGGCUGCAGUGGACCCGCUCAUCUACACUUUGGUCACCAGACAGUUUCGCUCUGAACUCCGCAAGAUCCUCUCCUCCGUGCAGAGGUGUCCCCUGAAACAGAGGGCCUGAAGGGCCCCGGACGUUUAGCUCACAUGUAAGCUGCACUUUCUGGGGAAAAGGAGAAGCUGAAAAAUGCACGCGAGCCUGUUCACACACACAAGAAGAAGAAGAAGAAGAAGAAACCACAGAUGCUCUAUUUGUGGCAGAUAUAGAUGUUUUUUUAUCAGGCGUUUUCACAGUCGGGGACACAAGACGAAGGUCAUAAAUAAUAUCAAACACCUGACAAGUUACGCACAGCGGUAGUCUGAACAACGACAGGUGGCAUAGGAGGGCAAAGCAAAGGGUGAGGGGGGGGGACUGACCAUGAGCAAAAAGGAGAGUACAUAACAGAGAGACGAACACAACCACAGACCUCUUGUUUCUGUUGGUAAAGUAAUAGAAAGAAAUGCUUUGAGCGGCUCACAUAAUAAAAAUAAUAAUUAUUCAAACUGUGUCGGUUGAAAGUGCAGCGGACACAAAACAACCUGUCGAGACAGGGAAGCGGUAAAUAAGUCACGCUUUAAAUCACUGUCCGAGCAAAGGAAUGAAAUACACACACGGAGCCUCACUUCUUCCUGAAUGUGUCAAACCUUCGUUGUAGAGUUGUACUCGAUCCUAAAUGUCGCUUGAUGCUAGAAUAUGAAGUCAAUGUCUUCAACCUCACGAACGACGGGAUCAGAGGGAACUAAAGCUCAACAGAGGAGGCUCGUGAUGCACUGAUAUGGUACCUACCUAGUAUAUGCUGUAUUUCUCCACCAAUACUGGCUGAUAUGAUCAUGUUUUAGUACAGAUGCAUGUGUAGAACAGCCUUUCAGAUGUCUCCAUAUUUAGGUAAUUAAAUACUUAAAAAAAAAGCAAUUUGCUGCUAUAGUUCAACGGCCUAUUUCUACAAGGACAAGAAGAAAGAAACGUGGGCAGACAUAACAUUAGUCAGAUUCCAGUAUUGCUUUUUGAAAUAUGCUCCUGUCUGAUGCAUGAACUCUUCUGUAGCCCCGACCGUGUGUGUGUGCUCUUGAUCUACAUCUUAUUUAAAGUAAGCGGGACGCAGAAGAAGCUGCUGGAGGAGCCGAGCUGUCUGUUAAGAAGAAAUACAGAUAAGAAGGCCAACAGGGAGGCGUCGUCGCUAGAAAAGGUCACCGUCGUCACAAAGGUGAACUGUGAUGGGAGUCGAUGGUGAGGAGGACUAGCAUGUGGACGGCUCAUCCUGCUUUAACUUCAAAACAAAAGUCCUUUUGAAACACCGAGGAGGACGAAAAGUACAAACACCAAGUUUCCUAAUCACAUAGAAGUACACAUAUACUCAACAACUUUGUAAAAAAAAUGCCC